GCAGAGUGUGGAGCCUCGGGAAGUCAACAGGAGGGUACGAAUAGUAGCCUAACAAUUAGCCUAUAAAUAACAAGGAAUUUACUCUAUUAGCCGUAAUCAGCACUCAACACUCGUGACUUUAUCGGGAGCCCAUGACACGGAAUUUGCCCCUGGGGGUGGGGGAGUUUGUUUUACCUGGCCAGCCUCAGACGCAGAGGCAGAGCUGAUGGAGAGAGGCUGGGCUGAGUGCGAUGUUGAGCAGAGAGCCUCAUUCAGCGCAGAGCACACUCUGCUGACAGGGAGCGGUCUGCCCUCUCGCACGACCUGUUCUUAGUUUGUUUUUUUACAAGUCAGUCGAGGGCUUUUUCCAGAGGCAAUAACGCGUGGACAAAAGAACUAUUCAGGAUUUUUUUGUGUGUUUCUUUGCGACGGAAUGGGGAUGUAACCUGUUUUCACAUGCAUUUGGAAGUGGCGUAAGGUUGCCUCCAGAUUGAGAAGAGCAAACUGCAGGGGCGUGUUGUUAAUUGAAAUCGAUCCGGUGGUCUCUUUUUGAAUGUGAAGCAUCAGCAGAGGUUCUUUCUCCUCUCCUCUCCUCUCCUCUCCUCUCCUCUCCUACCCUACCCCUCAUCUCACCCCCAACAUGACUUCACUGACGGGGACUAAGGAGAGGUCUGUGAGCAGCCGGAGCAGAAAAUAUGGGAUGCCCGACACAUCCCCGACCAAAUCUUCCUCCUUUUCCCCAGACACAUGGUACCGAAAGGCCUACGAAGAAAACACCAGGAGCGGAACACGCCCCGCCCCAGAGGGUGCCGGCUCCAUGCCAAGCUCCACGGGCACCCCGUCCCCAGGCUCAGGAAUCUCCUCACCAGGGUCCUUCUCUGGAUCACCGGGGACUAUCUCUCCGGGGAUUGGGACGGAAUCGCCUGGUUCUCUGGGUGGCUCCCCAGGUUUUGGGACAGGAUCACCAGCCUCAGGCAGUGGAAGUUCCCCUGGUAGUGAGAGAGGGAUAUGGUGUGAGAACUGCAAUGCUAGGCUGACAGAGCUGAAAAGACAAGCACUGAAACUGCUCAUCCCUGGACCUUACUCCAGCAAGGAUCCCUCCUUCUCUCUCCUCCUUCAUGAUAAGCUUCAAGUGCCCAACAGUUCUCGACGGGCAUGGAACGAACGUGACAGUCGCUGUGAUGUCUGCGCCACUCACCUUACUCAGCUCAAACAGGAAGCCGUGCGCAUGGUCCUCACUCUUGACCAGUGGGAUUUGUCUCCACCAUCCUCCCCUCCGGCCCUCAUCGGACGAUAUGGAUCUCAAGGACCUCCGGGUCCAAUGGGAGCAUCUGGAGCACUAGGAGGUCCUGGGUUACGGGAUUGGAUUCCUCCUUUUCUUCCUUCCUCCUCCUCCUCAGCUGCUGCUGCCGUUUCACACUCGUCCUCCCAGUCCCCUUCUCCAAGCCCCAGCCAGACCCCAACACCCAGCCCGUGCCACGGACCAUCCAAUCCCAGCCAUUGGAGUCCCUCGGUGGGACAAACGUCCAGCUGUUCUCCCAUAAACCCACAACCUCAAGGCCCAGGGCACAGAUUGGGGUCCAAGCCCAGCUCCCUGGGGCUUGGAGGUGGAGUGGACAGAAGGAAUGUGUCUCCCAGUUCAGGAAAAGCUGGUUCCCAACAACAACAACAACCAGUGACUGGAGUAAACAGCCCUGGCAACAAUAGUGGUAACAGCAGUAAUAACGGGAGUGGAGCAGUACUGAGUACAGCAGCUCUGCAGGCCCAUCAGCACCUGAACCGAACUAAUGGAGGAGUUACACUUUAUCCAUACCAGAUUUCUCAGAUGAUCUCCGAGGACUCCAGAGAAGGUUUGACAGAGGCUGCCCUGAACCGCUACAACACACACUCUCCUUCACACACAAGCUCUCCUUCUCACACGCCAGCUGUAACCACAACGGCUCUGACCACCACCUCUGCUGCCGCCUCCUUCUUUGCCAGAGCUGCACAAAAGUUAAACUUAGCAUCCAAGAAGAAGAAGCAGAAGACCGCUGCGGUGACGGCCCCAGUGACAUCAUCAUCACCUUCAUGUGACCCCCCUCUGUUCCCCACCAAUUUUAGCUCUGCCCUGUUGAUGGCCCCUCCCCCGGCUCCACCCUGCCUUCUCCGUGCAGCCAAUAAAAUCAAAGAUACCCCUGGGCUCGGAAAGGUGAAAGUGAUGGUGCGUGUGUGCCCAGUGUCUCAGUCGGACGCAGCAGAGUCCAGUUCCUUCCUUAAAGUGGAUCCCAGGAAGAAACAAAUCACCAUCAUGGAACCCUCAGCCAAUCAGACACCAAGCACUGCCUCCCAGAAAAAGGCGGGAGCCAAUCAGGUCCCUCCAAAGAUGUUCACCUUUGAUGCUGCGUUCCCUCCUGAUGCAUCACAAGCGGAGGUGUGCGCGGGAACGGUUGCCGAGGUGAUUCAGUCAGUGGUGAACGGAGCAGAUGGCUGUGUCUUUUGCUUUGGACACUCCAAGCUGGGUAAAUCCUACACCAUGAUUGGCCGUGAUGACUCUCUCCAGACCCUGGGUAUAAUCCCCUGUGCCAUCUCCUGGUUGUUUAAGCUAAUCAAUGAGAGGAAGGAGAAAACAGGAGCUCGCUUCUCUGUUCGCGUCUCUGCAGUUGAGGUUUGGGGAAAAGAGGAGAACCUUAAGGACUUGCUGUCUGAAGUAUCGACAGGCAGCUUACAGGAUGGACAGUCACCUGGAGUCUACCUGUGCGAGGACCCCAUCUGUGGCAUGCAGCUCCAGAACCAGUCUGAACUGCGUGCUCCGACCCCAGAGAAGGCAGCCUGGUUUCUGGAUGCAGCCAUAGCAGCUCGCCACAGUAGUCAACGCCCCAACACCACCGAAGAAGAACACAGAAACUCACACAUGCUGUUUACAUUACACAUAUACCAGUAUCGAAUGGAAAAGACAGGCAAAGGAGGGAUGUCAGGGGGUCGCAGUCGCCUGCACCUGCUAGACCUGGGUAGCUGUGAUGUCAAAGUACUUGGAGGAGGAGGAGCAGCAGCAGGGGGCAAAAGCAAGGAGAACUCUUCGCCAAGUUCGGCCCCUCUGUGCCUUUCCCUAUCUGCCCUCGGCAAUGUGAUCCUGGCCCUGGUCAACGGGAGCAAGCAUAUCCCAUACAAGGACAGCAAGCUGACCAUGUUGCUAAGGGAGUCGCUAGGCAACAUGAACUGCCGGACCACGAUGAUUGCGCACAUCUCUGCCUCACCCAGAGAUUUCUCAGAAACCCUUUCCACCAUCCAGAUUGCUUCCCGCGUCCUCCGCAUGAAAAAGAAGAAAACUAAAGUCACAGUGCAAUACACGUCCAGCUCCUCUGGAGGAGAGAGCUCCUGCGAGGAGGGUCGCAUGCGUCGUCCGACCCAUCUGCGACCUUUCCAUCACCGCGGUGACACUGACUCUGACCUUCCGUUGCUGCGACUGUCCAGUGACCCUGACGAAUAUUCGAGCAGCGAGCAGUCAUGUGACACGGUCAUCUAUGUGGGCCCGAACGGGGCGGCGGUGUCAGAUAGAGAGCUGACGGACAAUGAGGGACCACCAGAAUUUGUGCCAAUUAUUCCCACUUUGCUUCGAGGCAAAACUUCAGAGCAGCAUCAAACACAAAGUCAAAGUCAGGCAGCUGGAGCCCAGAACAAGGUGCAGUCUCAGCCAGAGGACCAGCCCAGUGGCCCCUCUCAACCCCUGCCUCAGCCUUGUCAGUCACUGCUUGGGCAGCCGUUGGCCCCUGUCCCAGAGGAAGGAGCCGAGUGCCUGAAGUGCAACACCUUUGCUGAGCUGCAGGAGAGACUGGACUGCAUUGACGGCAGCGAGGAGGUGGCAAAGUUCCCCUUUGAAGAGGUUCCAGCGAGCAAACAAGGUGCCAAACAAGAGCCAUGUCCGUCUUCAGCUGUCCCAACCGCAGCUCCCUCUGCUCCUGGCUCUGCUGAUGUGUUGGAUACAGAAAUCAAAACAGGCUCCGCAUGUGCUGUAGGAGGUGCAGUGCAGUUAUCCUCCUCAGCAGCAGCAGCAGCAGCAGCAGCAGCAGCCAGGAGGAGGACCAAUGACCAGCAGCUGCAGGACAUCAAGGAGGUGGUGGAGGAGGCAGAGCUGGCCCGGACCAUGAUCCACAGCCUGGCACAGACUUCUGGUUCCCCAAUAGUUACUAGUACCAGAAGUGUUACAGGAAGCAGCAGCAUCACCUCGAACCCCCUGCACAGGGCUAAGAGCUCCCUGCAUGACAGCCGUGAGAGUCUGAACGUGGGCAGUAACACUGAGGGGAAGGCACGGCCGUUAGGAUCACCGCGCCUCGGCAUUGCCAGCCUGACCAAAACCUCAGACUACAGGCCUCCGUCCUCCCCGUCCCAGCGGUGUAAAGUGUACACCCAGAAGGGCGUGAUGCCGGCAACGCCCCCUCUGUCCUCACACACUCUGGCUCAAGAUGGCCAGACCACAGAUACUUUGACUUCAGACAACAGUUUGGCUGCAGACAGCGGCCGAUCCUCCACAGAUUCCCUGCUGUCCAGGACUUCUCCGGUGGGAAUGAACCCACAAGUCCGAGAGCCAACUCAGUCUCUGUCUGCCAGCCUGGGAUCAGCUGAGACACUGUGCGACGAUGACGUCCCACCAAUACCCCUGGACACGCACAGGGAUGCCUCAGGACCGGCAGUAUCUGUAGGAACAGUUGGAUCUCUCUCACUUGGGGAGGAUGAACUAGUGUACACUGUGGCUUCUGGAGGCGAGGAGGACCUUGAUGUGACAGCUCUAAUGGACACUCAGGGCCUGACCUGUCGUCCAACGAGCAUCAUAAGCUUUAAAAGCGACUGUUGCUCCGUCACUGCCUUCGCCUUGGGCUCUCAAUCCAUCAGCGGUACUGCUGAGGAUGGAGCUGUGGAGGAUUAUCACAUGCCUGCAGGUCCUGCAACAACCUCAGGGGUUACAGAUGUUGUUGCCAUGGCAGAGGUGGCCAUGGCCAAGCUGCGGAUAGAAGGUGAAGCCUUAGCCACAGUGUCUAACUGUGGUUCACCGAUCUCCUCCUGGAUGAGUGAUCUGAGCGUGGGCAGUGAAGCUGACCAGUCUCUCCACAGCUUCAGUCAGUCCCGGAGCCAGCAAGGGGAGGCCCUGGCUGAACCUGAACCCAACCACAGCCUUUCGUUCGCAGUGGAGGGGCUGGGUGGUUAUGAAAGCUGCGGCAGCCCGAGAAGAGGGAGUCUGGAAGGACAGCUGGUGCUGUCAGAAAACGGGAGUGAUAAGGCAACUCCAACCAAAGACAGGCUGAGGAAACUGCCUCCAUCCAUGGCUAAAACUAACAUACAAAUUAUCAAAGGACCUAGUAACCUCUCUCCCUUCAAGACCACCAUCAGUGUGCACCCAUGUGUGACUGUCAAACCCAUGGUUAUACAGGAACCAACCAUUCUCUCUUCACCUACCAAGACCAGCGUAAUGAAAGACCCGGGCAAAUUUAAUGCACCACUUUUAGCUUCUAUUUCCAGUGAGAUGAGCUUUGAAGACCCCUGGUUGAAGCGCGGCAUGGAGGAGGAAAGGUCCAGGGAGCUUGUAUGUGAAGUGAAGCCAGAGAAGAGGGACGUAGAGCAUUCAAAUAGUCAGGCUGGAGCUGGUACCGGAGACCACAGGAGCUUCUGCAAGGACGGUGGGGAUCAUGGCAGCUCUAGUUUAGGUGGUGAGGUUGUAUCGUCUCCAGAUUCCUUUAAAAGAGUGGUGGAUGGCUGUGAGAUGGUCGCUGUUGUUGCCCAUGGAGAAUGUCUGACUAGUAUCUACAGCCCAGAUAUCCACCGCACUGCCAGUCUUCCCCGCUGCUGGCAUCGUCUCAACCGCCACGACGGCUUGGACAAUGGAAUUGAGUAUCGUAAUCUUGGCGUCACCAGUUCAACUCCCUGCAGUCCCCGCGGCACACUUGACUGCAGAGGAUCAACUGGAAAACAGGGCUUUUUCUCCCACAAGAAGGGGGGAAUCCCACCUCUGCCACCGGUACGGAAGUCAAGCCUCGACCAGCGGAACAGGGCAGCCAGCCCUCUCCACCAACCCAGCCAUGGAGCCUCAUUACUGGGCAGCUCAGCAGAUGAUGCAGGUUUCACCAGACAACGAGGCUCCAGCAUAGACAGCAGCAGACUUUUCAGCGCCAAGUUGGAACAGCUUGCAAACAGAACCAACUCUCUGGGUCGGGCCCACAGCUCCCACAGUGGUUCACACCAUUACGACUGCUUCUCUCUGGAGAGAGGGGGGAGCCUGAGAGGGGGAGGAGGAGGAGUGAGGGGGGACAGCACCAUGCCUCGUACUGGGCGCAGCCUCACCCGUGCUGGACCAGUAUCUUCUCCUACUGGAAACACUGGCAGCUUCACUUUCAGUGCCAGUCCUGGUCCAAGCAGCGCUCCACAGUCACCAGCCAAAGCCAGCGGCCAGUCAAAGAUCUCAGCGGUCAGUAAGCUGCUGAUGACCAGCAGUCCUAAGGCCAGGAGUCUGUCUGCAUCCAGCACCAAGACUCUCAGCUUCUCCACCAAAUCUUUAAGCCAAGCUUCCAGCCGCAGCUCCAGCCUUCCUCCUAAUGGAAAGCCCCAGAGCUCAGUCCAGAGCCCUCUGCAGCAGCAGGGACCUUCCCCAGGAUCCUGGUCUACCCAGUCUUUGAGCCGCAGUCGAGGGGGAAGCCUGGCUGCCAAGCUGCCUCUCCGGGCUGUCAACGGUCGAAUCUCAGAGCUCCUCCAGGGAAGUGCAGGCUCUCGUUCCAGGAGUCAUGCCCAGGGAGGUGGCUCAGAUCCAGCAGAGGAAAGAGGAGUUGGAGGGGCAAGUGGAGGGGGAGCUGGAGUAGGAAGUGGUGGUGGUGGAGGUGGCCUGGGAGAGGAGAAGGCAGCAGUGGUCCAAACGCUGCCCUCCCCUUACAGCAAGAUCACAGCUCCCAGAAAACCACAUCGCUGCAGCAGCGGCCAUGCUAGUGACAACAGCAGCGUACUGAGUGGCGAGCUCCCCCCGGCCAUGGGGAAGACAGCCUUGUUUUACCACAGUGGAGGCAGCAGCGGCUAUGAGAGCAUGCUGAGAGACAGCAGCGAGAACACAGGAAGCACCUCCUCCGCUCAGGACUCUCUCAGUGAGCACAGCUCAGCCACCACCUCCUCCAGACGGAGCUCUAAGAGCAGCAAGAAGAGCAGGAGCAACACAGGCCUCCAGCGUCGUCGUCUGAUCCCAGCACUGACCUUGGACUCUUCCUCCUCCUCACCUUCUCACCGCUCCUCCAAACAGACCAUCACUUCCUCUUCUUCCUCCUCCUCCAGCCCAGGUGCAUGCUGGGUAGAUGGCCCACUGGGGCCCCCAACUCCCUCAAACCUCCGGGGCGCGACGGCAACGACAGAAACCUUCGAGAUCAAGGUGUACGAGAUAGAUGACGUCGAGCGACUGCAGAAGAGGAGAGACAAAGGAGGGAGCAAGGAGGUGGUGUAUGUCAGUGCCAAGCUCCGUCUGUUAGAACACCGUCAGCAGAGAAUCAGUGAAGUCAGAGCCAAGUACCAGUGUCUGAAGAAGGAGCUGGAACAAACCAAACAGUACCUGAUGCUGGAACCGCACAAAUGGACCACCGAGUUUGAGCUACAGCAGGCCUACGAAGUCGACUCACUGGAGUAUUUGCAAGCUCUGGAGACCGUGACGGACAAACUGGAGACCAGAGUCAACUUCUGCAAAGCCCACCUCAUGAUGAUCACCUGCUUCGACGUGUCCUCAAGACAUCGUUAGACAGAUGGAGUGAUGGAGAGCUGGAGGACGGAGAGGCAGAUACACAGCUACAGUCAAUUAGAUGUUGAUAUUUGGACCCUUUACCCACCGAUUAAUAAUAAAAAUAUAAACACAUAAAAAAAACAAAAAAACUCCUAAAUAAAUACAUUUCAUUGGAUGACUGGAUAGUUGGAAGGAGGGAUACAGGGAUGGACUGACCACUCGAUCCUGCAUGUUAUCCUUAUGUCUCCUCCAGAUGUAAGUAGGCAGAAGGACAGACGGACGGAGAGAUGAAGGGAUAAAAGGAAUCGAGAUAAAUAGAGAUAUUUAACCGGCCAACAGACAGAUGAGUCCGGAUAUUUUUUCUUUGGGCUUGAAAACAACCUCAAAAACAUUGAACAGCAUCAAAUGAGCGGGCCACUUUGCAUCAGAUAAAUAUAGCUGCCCAAAGAGGCAGAGAGACAGUUCAGAGUCUAAAAAGAAACAUCAAACAUAAGCAAGAGAACACGGUUUUCCAGAAUAAUUAGACUGCUGAGACACCUCUUAGACAGAGUCGAACAUUUAGGGAAUGUAUGGAGAGAAAAGGAGUGGAAAGAGG